AUGGCAACUUUGGCUCGCACUGGUCCGGCUGGAAUGGUGGCCAACAAUGGGGCGCCAAUACCGGCUGGAACUCGGACGCCUGGGCCAAUGGAUUUAGCCGAUGGUACCCGAACACCGGCUACAGCGGCUACUACCCGUAUACCACCAACCGCGUCGUCUACAACACUGGUCUCGGAGGCGUUAUUAUCGGCUCUCAUGGGUAUAGCUGUUUGCAGCAACAAUUGGGUAGUGAGAGGUAACGGCGGUUGGAAUAAUGACUGGAAUAAUAAUGGUUGGAAUAAUGGCUGGAAUAGUAACGGUUGGAGUAGUGGACAGGGAUUGAGUGGACUGGGUUGGGGUCGCGGUAACGGUUGGACCGGCAGCAGCUGGAGCCGACAACCGAUUGCAUGGAACAACUGGAACGGUGGCCAAUCGUGGGGUUCGAACAACGGCUGGGAUAGCGAUGCCUGGGCCUGGAACGGUAACAAUCGAUGGUCGGGCAACAGUGCCUGGAUAGCACCGUCCACCCGAUGGACCACUGGUAAAAGUGUUUGGGCAGCACCGACCACCCGAUGGUCAGGUAAUACUGGCGGUGUCUACUACGGCUCCGGUUUGGGUGGCGGUUGGACUAAUGGUUGGGCUAAAGGAGGAUUGGGUGGUGGCUGGAGAAGCGGUCUCGGAUCCAACUCGUGGAACAACGGCUGGAAUGGUUGGAAAAAAUAA